CAACGCAUCUCCCAUCGACCUUCCAGAGCUUAGCUUCGGCUCUGUCUAUAAUACAUAACAAGAACUAUCCCUUCUUUUCUUUAUUAUCAUCUCUCUCUCUCCCCCUCUUCUGUCUCUGCUCGCCGCCUUCACUUCUCUCUCUCUCUCCCUCUCUCUCUCUAAUCUCACUCAGCCUCCUAAAACAGAGCAUUACCCUUUCGAGUUCAAGACUUCAAGCUGGCGAUCGAAAAUCAAGAAUCCACUGUCCGUGAAAUUAAGCCUAAGAACAGAAGAAUCAUGGGUGCUGGUGGACCUGAUGAAGAAGACAAUAGGUGGCCGCCAUGGUUGAAACCUUUAUUAGGAGAACAUUUCUUCGUUCAAUGCAAGCUUCAUGCUGAUUCUCACAAGAGUGAAUGCAAUAUGUACUGCUUAGAUUGUAUGAAUGGCGCUCUCUGCUCUCUCUGCCUUGCUCAUCACAAGGAUCAUCGUUAUAUUCAGAUUAGGAGGUCCUCAUACCAUGAUGUGAUAAGGGUAUCUGAGAUACAGAAAUACCUGGAUAUAUCUGGUGUUCAAACCUAUGUUAUUAACAGCGCUAAGGUUGUGUUUAUCAAUGAGAGGCCUCAGCCAAGGCCUGGAAAAGGUGUCACCAACACCUGUGAGGUCUGUGACCGUAGCCUGGUCGACUCCUUCCGCUUCUGCUCUCUUGGUUGCAAGAUUGUGGGUACAUCGAAGGAUUUCCAGAAGAAGAAGAGACAUAUGGCCGCCAUGGCAUCAGACUCUGAAGAUUCCUACAGCAGCAGUGGCCAUGGAAAGCUCAACAACAAAGUGCAGAGCUUUCGUCCUUCAACGCCCCCUCCAACUUCGGUUAAUUACCGAACUGCCAAACGAAGAAAGGGGAUUCCCCAUAGAGCCCCAAUGGGAGGACUAAUCAUACAAUAUUAAGCCAUAACCAUACCCAUAGAGCUCAUCCUUUUUGUCCUCGAGUUGAAAUAUAAUUAUCCUAAUAGUAUUUGCCCCACAGAUGCACAAAAUCAUGGUGCCACAAUGCCCCCUAAUGUUUAGAGCCGCCACCUCUCUCUAGUGUCGUGUAUAUAAACAUCAGCAGCAGCAGGAGCAGAGAAGGAUGGCAAAAAUAAGGGCCCCAAAUGAGCUUUGCUUUUAGUGUUUUACAAGUUGAGAAUUAGGUUGAGAGCAUUAAUUUUCAUGUUUAGAGUUUUGGGAUCUUAUACAAUAGGUUGGUUGGUUUAGCAAAUAAUGAUGGGGAAAUCAGAUGUGUAAAUAGGGGGAAAGGGUAGUGCAAAAAGAAAGGCACUUACUGUGGUGCUGAGGUAUGUUUAUGUUACAUAUAUUAAUAUUCGGGGUGUUAUGGAAUUGAAAUCAUAGUAAGAUUUUAGUUGCUCUGUUGUA